AUGCGCACGGAAAGCUCGCGAGCCUACUGCCUUGUUUUCGACGACACUGUACUGGCCCCGGGCUACCACUUGCACCACCACGCUGCCACAGGCGAGGGCAGCAUCGUGGGCGGCAUUGCCGAGCCAUUCCUGUCUCCAAAUGACAAGCCUGUGCUGCGCAAAGACGACAUGGCCAAGCUGCACCUGUUCUGGUGUUUGAAGCGAAUAGACAGCAACUCCUCCUUGUGGUCCGUCCGCGCCACUCCCCGGACGCAUUUGCAGGUCAACGCUCGGGCCAUGCUGAGAGACCUCGGAGGCUUACUGCAACUCUGCGUGCAGAAGAAUGGCACGCCUCCGGCCGUGGUCCCCUGCGACUCGCAUCCGACCCACCAGAUGUCCAUCCGGUGCAUGCUGUGUGCCUCCCCAAGCCCUGCGGAAACGUUCUGGCGAGACUGCCGUCAGCCUCAAAGUCUGAAGCUGAAGUUCUUCCCCUUCAAUGCGCUCCACUGGAAGACACACCCGCUAUUCUGCACUGUUGAUGGUGCUUGGUCGUGCACUGCUUCGAUGUUGGAGGGUCCUCGCCCAGUGCCACUGGCGGCUUACCUGGGCAAGGACAUGCAGUCGGAUGCAGAAGCUGCAUGGAUGCUAAAUGGGGGCUCGCGUGCAGAAACCAGCUGGCUGUCCUACGGGACCACGAUGAUGCAGUUCCUGAUGUCCAUGGUUCUGGCACCCUGGCAUGCGGCCUCGGCUAUGAGCAGGGACCAGAUACUGCAGUGCGCACUGACAUCGUACUAUCUCCUGCUUCUGCUCUGUCACCGAGCAUUCACAGAGAACGGAGUGCACUGGGAGAGAACGUGCUUCGCGCGACAGACCCUUCACACAAUGGUACAACUGUCAGCCAACGCCGUGGUGCGGUUGGUGCACUGGCCGGAUGGGCUCCCAUACUUCCCUGAGAAGACAGACGAACACGCCAUCGAGGGCUGGUUCGGCUCAAUGAAAAACGGUCACCGCGGCAACUGCAACAUUAAGGAUGGCAUCCUGGGGGUCGACAGGCUCCACUUGCAGCAGUACAAGAGGAAGAGGACAGACCCAGAGCCUCGCUUCGUGCAGCGGAUCUCCUUGCAUGACUUGCAACAGGUCUCGGAGCAGUGCUUGGCGACAGCGUCAAGAUUCUAUGCCGCCGCGUCCGUGGACACGGAGGCACAAGCAGCAACGGCAGCGCUGGAGACAUGGUGGUGCGCAGAAGGUCAGGAGCUGGUCUGUGGAGAAGCCAGCUCUAACUUGCUCGUGGAGGACCCAGAUACAGAGUCUGAUAACGAGGAGCAGCCUGCCGUUCAGAAUGAAGCCGCAGAGCCGUCCGAGAGCGUGGAUGCCGAUGCCAGCGAAGUCUUCCUCUCGCUUGAGUUCCAGAAGCAGGUGAAGCAGGACAUGCAGAACCUCAUGCAACCUCCGAAGGAUUCCUGCGCAGAAUCUCUGAGCGCAGAGACCCUGCUGGUGCCAGCAGAGUCUGCAGCGUUGGUGCCCGUGGAUGGGGACAACAUUGCGGAGCCUUUCGCAAAGUGCCGCAUGCCCGCAGACAUCUUGAAGGAUAGCGGCUUGGCCCAAUUCGACAACGCCUCCGCCGACGAGCAGGGGGAGAUGGCUGCUGUUAAAAGGCUCGCGAGGCUCGCCCAGCAUUGUCGCGAAUUCAUCGACUUUGUCCGUUUGAAGGAAGGCUUUCUGUCGAAGGCGCAGGUCAAAGGCGCACACCGGGAGCUGAACCAGCAACAGUUGCUCGAGCAUUGGUUGGCGGAAGCCCGACAGCUGAUGGAAACAAAUUCUCAGAGGAGCAGCCGCUUUGCUGCUUGGGCGACUUUCAGUCAGAGGUGCACAGACAUGGCCUGCGCUAGCGAUGGGCAGGGAAGCAUCGGCCUGUCCUCCAUAAAGCAGUUUCGACCUCCAAACCUGCGAAGUGCAGACGGAUGCCAACAAUACCAGCUGCUGGCCGUGAGGGAACACUCCCUGGCACCGCCGGUCCUCGGAAUCGUCACUGCGGUGUUUCGUGGAGGCAAGAAAAAAGGCACCACAGCGGGAAGCCGCCUCGCCGCAGAGGCCUUGGAUGCCGCAGUGGCACGCAAGGUGCAUGUCGCAUGCCUGCAGCCUGCUGGUGAUGGCAAGCAGACAUUCAGCUGCUCGGUCAUGAGCCCGGCCCUGAACAUCCUGGCCCAGUCUGACUCCAUGCUCCUGGAGGUGCCGCCUGCAGAGUACGUCGUCGAGGACACCGCCAACAAGCUCACAGUGCGCCUCUCCAAGCAUGCACUGAAUGCCUUCCUGCAGUUGCGCAAGGGCGAGGUUCCGAACAUGCUGCCGGAGAACAAGGACAGCAAGGAUGCCAAGCCGUUCUUCACUGCAGAAAGCUUCCAGGGAUCGGCUCGCCAUCGGAACAUCGGGAAGGCAUUGCAGGUGUGGAUGGAGAGUCUCGGCACUGAAAUCCAGAUUUCUGUAAUCCUGCCAGUGCGCGCCACUGUGCUUAGUCUCGCCCGGGGCAGCUAUCAGACCAGGAUGUACGAGCGUGUCUGGGGCGUGCGGCUCGUGGAUGAGACUGGCCGACUACAGGUGAAAGGGCGUCCGGACUGGCGAGCCUUCGUAGAGAGAGCUCCGGGGUUUUUGGUGGGGCGCUGGACCGCCGGCAAGAAGGGGUCCAAAGGACCCGGCUUCGGGGGCUGGUUCAUGGAACAGCUGAGAUUUUACAUGCCAACUAAGGCUUCAGAUAAGUCUCGGCUGCUGCAUUGGUUCAGCGAAAUCAACCGCUGCGCAGCAAAAGAGCUGCCGGCGGUUGUGGCACCUGGAUGA